UCCCCGUCACUGGUGUGCGACGGGUGCACAAAAAUUGGUGCUUAAGUCCCAACAGUUCAUAGUCCAGUCGAAGUAAAUUCACUAUUACACUAAAUAUUUGUGUGGAAAACACUUCUAGGCCAUAAUUCUAAGUACUGAUGUCACUCGGUGUGCCUUCUCCUAUUCUUUCACCACUGCACAAACUAGUUCAUUGCCCUCGGUUGGUAUCCUCGAUGUCGGUCCUGUCAUAAAGGGGGGGGACCCCCUCUUGGUGCCUUCGGGAUUCUGCAUAAUGUGCAUCAUUAAUUUGGACAACAACUGAGAGGAAUGGAUCACAAGUCACAACUGUCAAGCAACACUCAUUUAUCAGAGCAAUUUCCUAUACAGUGUUUCGCUAGGUCGCGUUUCCAUUUUCGGUUCCAGAACGGCCCUACUACUCUGCCUGGCCUGUUCUGGCCUCCGUUGCUUAUGCGUCACAACAAGCAACCGAAUCAAUUGGGGCGGGAUCAACUCAACUGUGCGAGCUUCCAUUGCACAAUCGCUGCGUGUGGGGUUCUGCCACAAGAUUCCACGAGUGGGCUAGUGUAUUUGUGCACGUGCCUGCUGCUGGGCCUGGCGGAGGCCGAGCACGGUGUGUCAUUGACUCAAACCUUCGGAAGCUUCCAGUCGCCAAACUUCCCGGCGACCUACCCUGACAACACGCGUCAUCGCUGGGACAUCCGUGUUCCCGACGGCUUCCGUGUCCGACUGGACUUCAGCCAUUUUGACCUGGAACCUUCUGACAUGUGCCAGUGCGACUACAUCAGGGUGGAGGAUGGGGGAGGGGCCUCGGACGUGGGCGGGUCUUCCAUCAUGGGCGUGUUCUGCGGUGGCAAGUCUCAGGAUCCAGAUAGCGCUCCGGGUCCCGAGCCCCUCGGCGCGUCCGGCAACAUCGUUAGUGUCGUCUUCUCGUCGGACUUCUCCAACCAGCAAAACUUUUCAGGCUUCGAAGCCCACUACAGCGCAGUUGACGUGGACGAGUGCGUGGAGGGUGUGGAUGAGAACGACGCCUGCGACCACCUGUGUCACAACUACGUAGGUGGCUUCUACUGCUCCUGCCGCCUUGGUUACCUGCUGCACCACGACAAACGCACGUGCACAGUGGAGUGCAGUGGCCUGGUGUUUUCCGAGCGCGCGGGUUCCCUGAGCAGCCCCGACUUCCCGUCGCCGUACCCGAAGAGAACCGAGUGCUCCUACGUCAUCCAGGUGUCUCCGGGACUCAAGCUCCGCCUUCAUUUUGAUGACCCUUUCGAUGUGGAGGAUCACCCCCAAACCGUCUGUCCCUAUGACUACAUCAAGAUCCGAGCGGCGUCUAAAGAAUUCGGGCCGUUUUGCGGUGGGAAGUCGCCCGGCGUGAUCCAAACGGACUCCAAUAUCGUCGCCAUCUUGUUUCACAGCGACCACUCGGGAGAGAACGUCGGCUGGAGGAUGACGUACACCUCUGAGGAACGUCAGUGUACCUCUCCAGUGCAUGGGGCCAAUGCCACGGUGAUCCCGCUUCAGCCUGAGUACUCAGCCGGAGACCGCGUCCGGGUCUCAUGUUUGCCGGGCUUCAUGCUCAUCAAGGAUGGUGAGCGCAUGGAUGCCGACUUUGAGAUGCACUGUCAACAAGAUGGCACCUGGGAUACCGCACUUCCUGUCUGUCAAAGUAAAAGCGAGUAUGGUUGCAGUCCAGAUGUUCCGAGGGGGGCGGAGCUUCCAUCCUGCAUGCAUGCGUGUGGCCGUCCGUCGCGUCCGCUGGCCGUCCAGGUGAAGCGCAUCGUGGGCGGUCGCGCGGCCGAGCCGGGGAACUUUCCCUGGCAGGUUCUUCUGAGCGUUGAGGACUCCAGCCGCGUCCCGUCGGAGCGCUGGUUUGGCUCGGGCGCACUACUAUCGGACACGUGGAUCCUAACCGCCGCCCACGUUGUGCGCUCCCGUCGCCGCGGCACCCUUGUGGUCCCCGUUGCCCCCGAUCACAUCAAGGUGUUGGCGGGCACGGUGGAUGUACGGGACAAACGGGCGUCGGCGCUCCUGGCCGUGUCCCGGGUGCUGGUCCAUCCCGACUUCUGCCCCAGCGACUUCGACAAUGACAUCGCCCUGCUGAAGCUGAGCACGAGGGCGGAGCUGAACCGCGUCGUCCGUCCCGUCUGCCUGCCGCUGCCACCGCAGAGUGACAUCUCUGCGCCCCCACCCGGCUCUCUCGGCGUGGUCGCCGGGUGGGGCGUGUCUCACCCCGACACGACCUCCGACCUGCUGCAGUUCGUCCGGCUGCCGGUGGUGCCGCAGGACGAGUGUCGUGACAGCUACGCGGCCCGCGCCGGCAGCUACAACGUCAGCGACAACAUGUUCUGCGCCGGCUUUUACGAGGGCGGGCGUGACACCUGCCUGGGCGACAGCGGGGGGGCCUUUGUGGCCCAAGACCCCGUCAGCCGGCAGUGGGCGGUGUUCGGCUUGGUGUCGUGGGCGGGGCCCGAGGAAUGCGGCAGUCGGCGGGUGUACGGUGUCUACACGCGCGUCAACAAAUACCUCAAAUGGAUCCAGCGGCACCUCGCGGUGGUCCCGUGAUGAUGUCACACACAGAACACUAAGCCGCCGUACAACCUUAGCGCCACUAUGUAGUGUAAAUAUAGAUAAGAUUGUGGCUAACAUAUCGUAAACAAUUGCCAGGCUAUAGUGAACGCUGCGGAUAUCACCCACCCACACACACACACACAAAAUCGGGCGUACUUGUACUGUCACCCCAAGAUGUCAGGAAAAACAACUCGGCAGAUCGUACCAAAUAGUUUGGGAGCCAACGACUUGCAUGCUUUGAUACAUUCUUGCCAUAAUCAUGGCACCAUAAUCAUAAUAAAGUUGUUCAAUCUUUGAGUACUGUUUUAGCCCACCCCCCCCCUCCAAAAAAAAAAAUAUAUAUAUAUAUAUAUCCAUCCAUUUUCCGAACCGCUUGAUCCUCACUAGGGUCGCGGGGGGUGCUGGAGCCUAUCCCAGCCGUCUUCGGGCAGUAGGCGGGGGACACCCUGAAUCAGUUGCCAGCCAAUCGCAGGGCACGCAGAGGUUGGUCAAGCGGUAAGACAAUAUUCCAGUUGUGUUCUCUACAUUGAUGUACAGAUACAAUUCUAAUGUCGAAAACACCCAACUAUGUUCCGUCAGGGAGAUUAAAUGUAAGCAUUGGUUACCUAAAUGUUUAAAAUCACAGUUGGUGAGGAUUUCAAAAUUAAUCUCAUUCCUGCUGUUGUUCAAUGGCCAUCUGAUGUUCGCAAUAACAACAGGAUCUGAUGUUGCAAACUUUUUCUGCCGUUGCCAGGGAUGGAGA